CAAUGCAACCCGAGACUGCACUCGCACUUCUAAUGCAGAAAAGCCUCAUUUGGCAAACUAGUUUGCGUUGAACUAGUGGCGGGUUAGUUGAUGCUGUGCUCCAGUUUUUUGUUUGUUUCGUUGCAAUCAACUGCCGCGCUGUAAUCGUUAUCGUAUUUCGGAUGGAAAUUCGAACAUGUUUAAUGGUGCUCUUUAUCGGUGCUCUCGAUGGUGGUGUUGACGGGUUGGGAGGUCGCAUCGCCCCGUACAAAGCUGCAAUCGAGUACAAGGGAAUUGUGUUCUGUGCUGGUUCGAUUGUGGAGACAACCUGGAUAUUAACUGCAGCGAGAUGUGUAAUGAACAAAACCGUAUCGUAUCUAACCGUUCGGUUGGGAGCAACGUAUUCCAAGGAAGGAUUCCUGUUUGGAGUGAAAUCAGCACAUAUACAUCCCAAGUUCAGCCUGGAAUCCUCCAGACGUGCCGUGGGACUGCUGAAGCUCAGUACAACCUUGAAAUACUCGCUGACAAUCGAUUCGAUUCCACUGGUGAAACCAGGCUACGGGAUGGAGGAAGGCACCAAAUGUACAAUUCCGAGCCUCAUACAGAACUAUUCGGAUAUCAAAGCGAAGCUAUGGUCACGGGAAAGGUGUUUGUACAACUAUCCGAAAUCGUUCAGUUUCACAGAUGACGCGCUGUGUGCGAAAAUCUCCACCGGAAACAUGCAACUCAACCAGAACAGCACUGGCAGUAACUACACGUGUGGCAAUCCACAACAACAACAGCAGCAACACACCAACAUCAUGCUGGGCAGUCCGCUAGUAUGCGAAGGCAAACUGGUUGCGGUGGUAUCGCACAUCGAGUGGCAAAUUGCAACGACUGCAACAGCAAUAUCAACGCUUCAAUGCGGUAGCGCCAACGGCACCGGAAUCAAUGCACCGAACGCUGGCUGGGGAAACAGGUCCAGCAGUCUUCCCGAUGUUUUCUCGGAUGUCGCCUUUGCCAAUCAGUGGAUCAGUUCGCAUCUAUCCGUCAGAAGAAAGCGUAAACCUGUCGGCGGAAGGCGAAGGUCAUCGUCCAAGCUUAGACAGUCUCAGCGCAGAAAUGGUUCCGGGGGGAAGAUGAGCGGAAAAACUUUUAUUUUGGCGUGGGUUCUACUACUGGAAGCGAUUUGGCGGCGAUGACAUGAGACAACUGUAUUUCUAUGAUAAUAAAGUUUCUUUCUAGUCAA